UGAGUGAGUCAACAAUAGAUGGGUGAGCGGCAGUCAGGAAGCCUUACUCACGUGGCAGCAGCAGGCGGCGACGGAUGGUCGGUGUGUGAAGUUGUCUCGCCUCGCGUCCUCUAUUUCCACCUUCAGUGCAAGUGAGGAAACACACGUGGUUAAGGAGGAGGUCAAGGAAGAUGGAGAUGAGUCUUGGAGAUACCAGGAACAGGGGCAAGACCGCAAUGUGGGCCGCUGGCUGCCUGGUUUUCUUCGCCUUACUUACUCAAGUCAUUGCCAAUCCGACAUGCAAUCCUGGAAUGACAGGCUUUCUUAAUGUGCACCUUGUCUGUCACACGCAUGAUGAUGUGGGCUGGCUCAAAACAGUUGAUCAGUAUUACUAUGGCUCAAAGAAUGACAUUCAGAGGGCGGGUGUGCAGUAUGUGCUGGACUCCGUAAUACAGGCACUCAAGGACGACAUUGAGAAAAAGUUCAUCUACGUGGAGUCAGCUUUCUUCUUCAGGUGGUGGGACAACCAAACAGCUGAUAUGCAGAAGUUAGUGAAGUUGCUUGUUGCCCGGGGACAGUUGGAGUUCAUCAAUGGGGGUUGGUGCAUGAACGAUGAGGCAGCAGCUCACUACAAUGCCAUCAUUGACCAAAUGACCCUCGGUCUUGCCAAGCUGAACACCACCUUCGGUGAGGAGGCUCGGCCUACGGUGGCCUGGCAGAUUGAUCCAUUUGGCCAUUCCCGGGAACAGGCUAGUUUGUUUGCUCAAAUGGGAUUUGAUGGACUGUUCUUUGGUCGUCUUGACCAUGAUGACAAAAGUACCCGCUGGGCCGAGAAGACUAUGGAAAUGGUCUGGCAGGGAAGCCAAAAUUUAGGUAAAUCAGCUUGGCUCUUCACGGGAGUUCUACCCAAUGGCUAUGGACCCCCGAGUGGGUUUUGUUUUGACAUACUCUGCAACGAUGACCCUAUCAUGGACGAUCGUCGCCUUCAUGAUUAUAAUGUCAAUGAAAAGGUUGAGAGUUUCCUGAAGAUUGCAGAAGAUCAGGCUAAUGCCUAUGCCAGCAACAACAUAAUCAUGACAAUGGGUAUGGAUUUUCAUUAUCUUAAUGCCCAUGCUUGGUACAAGAAUUUGGACAAGUUAAUAAGAUAUGUGAAUGAAAGACAGAAAAAUGGGUCAAAAGUGAAUGUGUUUUACUCCACUCCAUCCUGCUACCUGAAAGCUCUGCAUGAUGCUAACAUUACAUGGCCAACCAAGACUGAUGACUUUUUCCCAUAUGCCUCUGGCAACCACUCGUACUGGACUGGCUAUUUCACCUCUAGACCAGCUUUUAAAGGCUACAUCAGGCAGACUAACAAUUUCUUGCAGGCUGUCAAACAAGUGUCAUCCCUUCUUGGACUUGGUCAGGACUCACGGCUCGAAAGGCUGAAAGAGGCAAUGGGCGUCAUGCAGCACCAUGAUGCUGUUUCAGGCACUGCCAAACAGCAUGUCACUGAUGAUUACUCACAAAGGCUAUCACUGGGCGUUACAGAAUCAUUUGAGAUGGUAGCAGAAGCGUACAGCAAAUUACAACAAAGUACUUCAGAGUUACAAGAAAGUAUAGAUUAUAUUUUCUGUCCCCUUCUCAAUAUUUCUUCGUGUCAAAUCUCGGAAACAUCAUCAGCGUUCAUUGUGACACUCUACAAUCCUCUGGCCAGGCCACGUCAGUAUUAUGCAAGGAUACCUGUUCCAGCUGAUGUUGGAUAUAAGGUUACAGAUUUUAAAGGUAAUGCCAUAGAGGCACAAUUAGUACCUCUACCAGAGUCUGUGUUAUCCAUCCCAGGCCGUAACUCAACAGCCAAGUAUGAUUUAGUAUUUAUAGCAGAGGACAUUCCUCCACUUGGUUUUCUUCAGUUCCACAUACAAAGAACAGCAAACAUACGUAUCCACAGACAGCAAAAGUCUAGUAUCCGUGUGCCACAUGACAGUAAUGAGAUAAACAUCGCCAACGAGAACCUGGCCAUAGGCAUAUCAGCACGUACUGGUCUUCUCGAAUCUGUUGGGGUCAUCACCUCUGAUGGCAUCAAAAAUAUCCUGGUAAACCAAACUUUCCUGUGGUAUGCUGGAAUGAGUGGUAACAAUGACAACGAAGAAAGCAGAGCAUCUGGAGCCUACAUCUUCCGGCCAAAUAACACUGAUGCACUGCCCAUCGCAUUACAAGCCAACUUUACUAUUGUAGAAGGCCCAGUGGUGGCUGAAGUACACCAAGUAUGGGCACCAUGGUUGAGUCAGGUCCUCAGGCUCUACAAGGGACAGCAAGAACUGGAAAUGGAAUGGAUUGUUGGAUCAAUACCUAUUGAAGAUGGCAUAGGAAAGGAGAUCGUGAAUCGUGUAGUGUGGCCAGGUGUUAACACUAGCGGCACUUUCUACACUGAUUCCAAUGGCCGGGAAAUACUAAGACGGGUUAAGAACUAUCGUCCAACAUGGAAAUUAAAUAACCAGGAGCCUGUUGCUGGUAACUAUUACCCUGUGAACUCUAGACUCUUGCUCAGUGCUGGACCUUCCUUCCGGGCUGCCAUUCUCACUGACCGCUCCCAGGGUGGAACAUCCUUAGGGGAUGGCCAAAUGGAGCUGAUGGUUCACAGACGCCUCCUCCAUGAUGAUGCGUUUGGAGUAGGUGAAGCACUAAAUGAGACAGCCUUUGAUCAAGGUCUAGUAGUACGAGGCAAACACUACCUUGUCCAUAGUGAAUUUGCUACUCCGGAUUGUGAUUUUGGGUGUCUGCAUCGUAGUCUUGGGGAGCAGCUCAUGUUGCAGCCUCUUGUCUCCUUUACCCGCACUUCUGCUUCUGCCUACACUUGGAAAAAUACCUUCAUUACCAAGUGGAAAGGCCUGAAGAGUUCUCUGCCAGCCAGUGUUCACCUGCUGACACUGGAGCCUUGGACGGGUGGCUCCCUCUUGCUGCGACUGGAACAUAUGUACGAGGCUCAUGAAAGUGCCAGCCUCAGUGAUCCUGUUACUGUCAACCUCCAAGGUCUGCUUGCUGACUGGGAGAUUGUGUCUGCUGAAGAAACUACACUUUCUGGAAACCUUCUGAAAAAAGAUGAAAACCGCUUUGAAUGGAAUGUUAAAUCUUCGCACAAAUCUAACCGUGUAUUAUUCGGUCAAAAUUAUCCGCAGGCACAUGGUGGUGAGGAUCUCACUAUAACUCUUAAUCCCAUGGAGAUUAAAACUUUCAUUAUUACAGUGAAGAAGGUUACCUCACUGUUCUAACACACUAACUCAAAGGCCACUUCAGACUUCUAGUGUCAUCUAAUGUCCUUUACUUUCACACAUUACUAAUGCCACUUCUUUUGUUGGUACACACUGCUGGCAUGCUCAAUUUCUAGUUCCAUUUUACAUUAUUAGUGUCAGUUUAUACUAUCAGUAACAUCCCAUACUGUUCAUUAUUGGAGUGCACAAUUCUCUUACCAAUAGGGCACCAAUAUGCAUAAUUCUUUAAAUAUCUGAAAAAUGUUUAGUACUGCACUACAUGCUAGAGCUGCCUUACAUUAUCACCCAAUAGGCAUAAUAUCCAAGCAUAAUUUUUGUUUAUGUUGAAUCAAUGUUAUCAGUGUUAAUUCAACAUUGAUAACAUUGAUUUAAUGUUGAAUUAACUCUUGGAUAUUGUGCCCACUGGGCGGGUAGUGCAUAAACACAAUGAAACAGUCAGUAGUUAACACAGUGAAACAGUCCUUGCUGUCUUAACACAUGGGCACACUAGGCAGUUACCCAGGGGUCCCACAAUUCUAGGGGGCUCCAUGUUGCCCAAUUGUUCAUAAUUCUUUUGGUAGAGUGAAUAAUUACUUGACCUCCCAUUGGAAAGGCUUGGGAUUCAAAUCCAUUUUAUAAAUAUAUUUAUAAUACAAAUAUUUUGUGCAUAACUAAUUAAAGGUAACCCUGCACUUUAGCAGACGGUGGUAAGAACUGUAACUAUCAAAAGAAGGCACCAAGCCGGCUAUGUAGCACCAGCACAGCUGAUGGUGGUGUGAGUGUGGGUCGGGUAUCUCAGUGUGAUCACUUUACCCUGAGGAUGGGCUGUACUCUUCACACAUAGUAUAACUUCACACAUGAUAUUACUCUUCACACACAGUAUAACUCUUCACACAUAGUAUAACUCUUCAUACAUAGUAUAAUUUCACAUCAGUAUAACUUCAUACACAGUAUCACUUUUGACACAUUAUAAUUUUGCACAGUAUAACUCUUCACAUACAGUAUAAAUAUUCACACAUAGUAUAAAAAGCCCUCUGCAUUUUAUAUCAUUAUACAUAUAGUAACUUUGUAACAUAAGUUAUGGAUUACUGUAAAUUUGUAUUAAGCAAUUAAUUUGAUUAUAUCUGCAUUCAUUUUGAUUUAAUGAUGUUCUUCUAAAAGCUGCUGUUACUCUGUGGAGCCACACAACUCCUUGACAGAAAAACAUGCUCAUUAUAAUACAUACACAGUAACACGUCCAGUUAUAUAUGUAUCGUAAUGUAUUACUGAGAAAACUACAUAAUUAUUGUAAUGAAUUUAAUCUUACAUUGUGCUAUUUAGUUUUGCUGUCUGUUGGUGAUUAUUAAUUAAUUAUGGGCAAUGUUUUGAUGGUGCAUCAUGUUUUAGUUUUAAUUUUGUUUGGAGGGGAGUUAAUAAAAUCUGAACUGUAA